GAGAGAGAGAAAAGCGAGCUGCAGGCCUUUCCACGGGGACAAUCUAGCAGAAAGCUGUCUCACAGUUAUUCCUUUCUCACUCCCUCUCUUUCUCUCUGCUCUCUCUCUCUCAACAUCCUAACGCCAGUUGAUUUGUGUUUGAAAAGCUGGGCGCUUUUCGCCCCCCUUUCGGGCUGUGCGUUUUGAGUGAUCAGCUGAUGAAGAGACUGUCUGCGCGCUGCAAUGCUGGUUUGCUAAUUCUCUCCCCUCCAGACUGGAGCCAGCCUGGAGACCACAGUCAGUCUCAGGCUAUCCAAAACGGAGUGUCUGAGGUUAUGGAGGAGGAAAGCAACUUGAAGAAAAGAAAAAGCGAUCAUCAAGGCAACCAGGGCUCUGAAACUGGUCAGGAGGUGGUGGAAAAGGUCAAAAAGCGACGGGGUCGCCCUCCUGCUGAGAAACUGCCUCCCAAUCCUCCCAAGCUCACAAAACAAAUGAACACCAUCGUGGAUAUGGUCAUCAACUACAAGGACACAUUGGGCCGACAGAUCAGUAAAGGUUUUGUCCAGCUGCCUUCAAGGAAAGAGGUGCCAGAGUACUAUGAGCUCAUCCGCAAGCCAGUGGACUUCAGGAGGAUUAGGGAGAGAGUGCGUAAUCACAAAUACAGAUGCAUUGCAGACCUGGAGAAGGAUGUCGUGCAGAUGUGUCACAAUGCUCAGACGUUUAAUUUGGAAGGGUCUCAGAUCUUUGAGGACUCCAUUGUGUUGAGGUCUGUUUUUGAGAGUGCAAAACAGCGGAUAGUUGAACUCAGCGAGGACAAUGAUGCUGUUGGAAGCAGUGAGGCAGAUGGUGGUGAUCAUUUACAUCUAGAGUCUCCUAUUUCAGAGACAACCAAUCCCAAGCUAAGUGAACAAAAUGAGAGAGGUCCUAGUGAUUCUGGUCCAAAGGAGAUGGUUACAAACAGUGAUGAAGACAAAGAAUGGCAAAGAAUGUGAGAACACAAGAGGACUAUUGAAUUAGACAACCAAACGAGCCUCAUACUUUGAACAUUGUAUGCCAUUAUAAGAAAAUCGUGUGGCCAUUUUGCUCAAGGAUUCAGAAAAUGAUCCCCCUAUUAAUUGGUAUAACUUUAUAAAACAUUUGUAUUCUAAUAACAACAUUGUUACUACAGUGCUUCUGAAAUUAGCAUUGUUUUCAUGUAUUUAUAAAAUGUAAAUAAGUCCAUAUGAUACAGAAACCUGAAACAGAUUGGUAACAUGGUCAAAAUAAGCAAGGUCUAUAAGUUCAGACUGCCUGAAAAGUUAAUUUCGGUGGAAAAAUGCUGAUAUGACAAAUUAUGAUGUUGUAUGAUAAUUUAAAAAAAGAUGCAUUCAGUUUUUCAACAUUGGAUACAAUGUGCUAAAUUUGCAAGAUCUCUGUUUCAGAGAGUUUUUUAUCAGUGGUUUAUGUGACUAUGAGUACUUUGUCACCUCCUCUUUGUACGUUUCCAUUUCCUCCAUUAACUGUCAACAUCUUUAGAAUAGCUAUGAUUUUGUAUUUAAAGCUCCUUAUCAUUCUUUAGUCAUCACAAAAUCUUAACUGUAUGUGCACAGAGGAGCUUGGAGCAUGAUGGCGAUGUAUUCUUUGGUGACAGAUACUGCCCUCAGAGAGGCACCCAUUGAUGAUGUUGACAAGUUUGUGUUAAGUUUAAGAUGGAUGGAAAAGGUGAUUUGUGAACAGAUUCUGAAAGUUUAUAUGAUGUGAAAGGGCAACAAGGUUUGAAUCAUCAUCUUAAAAAAAAUAAAAAAUAAACAUUUUUAUGAAAUCUC